ACUUGCAGUGCACACAUAAUAGUUAAACGAUGGACCGUUGGAAAAACCGAGUAGCAGCUGUGACAGGAGCAAGUGCUGGCAUUGGAUGGGCCAUCAGCAGAGCCCUUAUACAAUCCGGUAUGAUCGUAGUCGGAAUGGCGAGAAGAGCAGAGAAAAUUGAAGAAUUAAAAUUGUCUCUUCCCGCAAACGUACGAGAUCGUCUUCACGCUUGUAAAUGUGACGUAAAUAAUGAGCAGGAUAUUAUUGCCGCGUUUAAAAUGAUCGACAGUAAAUUCGGCGGUGCCGAUGUCUUAAUAAACAACGCUGGUGUACUCAAAGAUACCCUACUGAUAAAGCCUGGCAAUACACAACUUAUCCGCGAUGUUGUCGAUACGAAUAUUGUUGGACUUAUAAUUUGUGCACGAGAGGCCUAUCAAUCAAUGAAACGACGCAAUGUUGAUGGCCACAUCGUAAAUAUGAACAGUGUCGUUGGCCAUGGUGUACCGGUGGGUGUGGAUACGUUAACCACGUACAACGUAUAUCCGGCUACGAAGCAUGCCGUCACUGCUAUUACGGAAACAUUGCGCAUUGAGUUGUUGAAUGACAACAAUAAAGUUAAAGUAACGAGCAUUAGUCCUGGAGCCGUAAAAACGGAUAUUUUCAACGAUCCACAAUUGCUAAAAAAGCCCAUACCAUUUCUAGAACCAGAUGAUAUUGCAAAUAGCGUAGUACACGUUAUUUCAACUCCAAAACAUGUCGAGAUCAAAGAGCUUACUAUCAAGCCGCUUGGCGAGCGGUUUUAAUAGAAACGGAAAUGAAUGUAGUUAUAAUAUGCAAUAAAUAAAAAAAAAUGUAUUCAUUUAAAUGCCUCUAAAUUACCAAAACCAUUUUAAAUGUGUCUACUGAAUUAGGUUAACUGCUAAGAAUAGAAGCGCGUUUUAAGCCGAGGGCCUAUUACAGUCUCGAUUAACUAAACGUGCCCAAAAAUAGCUGAGCGUAAAAACUGAACAUUUCGCCAAGAAAGCAAAACUAGUGCAAAUAAAUAUAUU